AUCACGUCUCUCUCUCUCUAUAUAUUUCUCUCCCUAUAUAUCUGUUCUUUUGUGUAUCCAUUUCUAAUAAACUCUUGUGCAUGUUUUAUCUUCCUCCUCCUUUUUCUUCGUCUUCUACAAAGUUAACAGAAGAGCUUGAAAGAAUCUCUACAAUGGCGGUUGAAUCACGUCAUCUAGGGUUCUUUCCUUCUCAUCUUCUUACUAACAACGUUAAUGAAGCAAAUCCAACUGCUUUUUUUAACAAUGGUAAUUAUUUGGCUCCUCCGUUAUCCGGUACCACAACUGAAACUCUUCAUCCAAUCUAUAACAACAACUCCGUUAUCGCCGAUUCAUUACCCGUCACAUCUAGGAAACGUUCUAGGGAUGAUUCGGUGGUUACAUUUCCGACCGGUUCUUUCAAUUUUCUUGGUGAAGAUUUAUCUUUAAGGAUUCAACAUCAACAAUUAGAGAUUGAACAGUUCAUUUCUCAACAUACGGAAAAAGUGAAAAUGGAGAUUGAAGAAAGAAGGAAGAGACAUGCUAGGAGAAUAUUAAUGGCGGUUGAACAAAGUGUGAUGAAGAAAAUUAGGGCAAGAGAUGAAGAGAUUGAGAAUAUGGGUAAACUAAACUGGGCUUUGGAAGAAAAAGUGAAAUCUUUAUACAUGGAGAAUCAAAUAUGGAGAGAUCUAGCACAAACUAAUGAAGCUACGGUAAAUACAUUAAGAAGUAAUUUGGAACAUGUUCUGUCUGUUGUUAGAAACGAACGUGAGAAUCGCCGGCCGGUUGUUGAUCGGAGACAAGACUUUGAAGAUGAAGAAUCUUGCUGUGGGAGCAAUAUCGGUGGUGGUGGUGGAGAAGAAGAAGAGGUUUCGCCGGCGAUGGCGCCGGCGAUUGGGAAGGAUAAGAGGGUUUGCCGGAAUUGUUUAAGGGAAGAGGCGUCUGUGUUACUUUUGCCGUGUAGACAUCUUUGUCUUUGUAGUGUUUGUGGAUCAUCUGUUCAUAUUUGUCCUGUCUGUAAAGCUACAAAGAAUGCUAGCGUCCAUAUUAAUUUGUCUUCUUAUUAGGAAGAAGAACUAAUUAUUAUUAACCUUUUGUUAUUUUAUAUGAGUUAUAAAAAAAUGAAAACUUUACUUUUA